AUGACGUAUGAUUUCAGCGUUGCUCAUGUGCCGCAAGACCGGGCCUCAAGGUCGGACUCUAGUGGUGUGGAGUCUCCGUCAGACAGACUGUCAGCUCGGACCAGCACAUACACACGCAGAGAGAACAGACUCGCCUCACUGAGCAAAACAGAGGACGACUCGGCCAGCAAGGACUAUAAGAAGCUGUAUGAGGAUGCACUGACUGAGAAUGAGAAGCUGAAGUCUCGACUGGAGGACGGCAAACAGGAGCUCACCAAAAUCCGCUCACAGCUUGACAGAGUCACACAGAGGCAGGACAGAAUAUCAGAGAGGUCCACUGUAUUUGAAUCAGAAAAAAGGGAAAAAGAAGCAUUGGAGAAGAGGGUUUCGGACAUGGAAGAAGAAUUUAAGACCUUUCCUGCUUUGGCUCGACUACAGGCUCUCCGCAGGGGGAACGCACACCUCCUACAGGAGAAUCAAGCCAUGCUGCGCUCCCUCGCUCGCCUCACUCAGACGGCCUCUCUCCUCUCUGUUGCAACACUAUUAACGCCAAAAUGA